CAUUCAUUGGCCAAAGAUGAGGAAGUGACCGGAUGUAGCAAUGUUAGCUUGGCUGGCUAUGUCCUCGCAGAAAAACGUCCCAAAGUUUGUGAUUAACAAGUGUUUAAAUUAUGUGUCAGGCUCUCUCCUCCACAGUUCUGGUGACUGUGUCGCUGCUACGUGUUUAUUUGGAAGCGCUGUGAUGAUUAGUAGCGGAGGUUUGUAGCACAGGAUGUAGCUAGCCUUCAUUAGCAAAGUAAAUGGACUGUUAGCCUCCGUGGAGCUAACGCUGCGAGCAGCAGAGACAUAAUCAGCGUUUCCGACUUUUAAACUGUUGAAGGGUCAUGGUUUAGGGUUAAAAAAAGAAAGCAGAAUUGGCAUUUGUGGUACUGAGCGGGGACAGACGCCAUCCUCUGUGGACUCCUCCUCUAACCGUGUUGUCCAGCUGAGGACCGAGAGACUGGGGACAGUUCCAGAGAGGACACAGAGCUGCUGACCAAGUUUCAGGAGGCAGGGAAACUGAAGUUACAUGUUAUAUGACUGAACCCUUGAUCUACUGGAACAUGUGAAUGUUGCAAACCAGGAUUGUGAAAUCCCAGCUGGAUCCAGGAUGUCUGAGAUGAUGAAGGUUGAAGCAGAGGACCCUGGAGGACUCAGUUCAGUGUCCUCCAUACCUGCAGGAUCUGCAUCAGAACUGGAGCAGAAACACGACAACAAAGAUCUCAUCCAUCAGAUGUUUGUGAUGAAAGAAGAGGCCCACAUAAAGGAGGAAGAGGAAGAACUAUGGAUCAAUAUGGAGGAAGAGCAGGUUACUCUGAAGACUGAAGAGGAAGAGAAAGUUCAGUUAUUAGAGCUUCAUCAAAUCAAAUUUGAAGACAAAACGAAAACAGAACAUGGAGGGGAGGACUGUGGAGGACCAGAAUCAGGCAGAAAAGCAGAUCUGCGAGGUUCUUCACAACAAAGGAAGGUGAUAGGGAACAAAAGAGCUAAAAUAUCUAAACUGUGUUCCAAACGCACCUCUCAAGUUAGUGUCCACACUGGACAGAAACCAUAUGGUUGCAAUAUUUGUGGCAAAAGAUUCAGACAUAAGACUUAUGUUAAAAUACACAUGAUGAUUCACACGGGGAUAAGAGAACAUAGCUGCGGGUUUUGUGGUAAAGGCUUUAAAGAAAAACGUUGUCUUCAGACACAUAUAAGACUCCACACUGGAGAGAAACCAUUUGCCUGUGAUGAUUGUGGGAGAAGGUUUCAUGCGAAGACAAGUCUGAAAAGUCACCUGGAGGUCCAUUCAGGAGAAAAUCCCUUUUCCUGUGAUAUUUGUGGUACAAGAUUUAAAAGGAAUGAGAAUCUUAAAAAGCACAUGAGGAUCCACACUGCAGAAAGGCCUUUUGUUUGUAGUCUUUGUAGUAAAGGAUUUUCGCAACAAAUUCAUCUAAAGAGUCACAUGAGUGUUCACACAGGAGAGAAACCAUUCAUGUGUAGGAUUUGCAAUAAAGAAUUCUCCCGACAAGGAAAUCUAAAGAGGCACAUGUGUGUUCACACAGGAGAGAAACAGUUUAUUUGUGGUUUUUGCAAUAAAGGGUUUUCAAAGCAACUUUAUCUCAAAAAUCACAUGGAGGUUCACACUGCACCAUUUAGCUGCAGUGUUUGCGGUAAAUGUUUUGUGGAGGAAAUGCAGUUAAAACAACACAUGAGACUCCACACAGAGGAGCGGCCGUUUGGUUGUGAUAUCUGUAAAAUCAGAUUUAACAAAAAAUACAAUCUUAAUAGUCACAUGAGACUCCAUUUAGGAGAGAAACCAUUUGUAUGUAGGGUGUGCAGUAAAGCAUUUUCACGACAUGGAGAUCUGAAGAAACAUAUGUGUGUUCAUGAGAGCUACAGCUAAAGGUCUUUUUCUGAGUCUGUGAUUAUUAUACAGGUCUUGCUUCAUUUCUAUGGGUGUUUUCACACCUGCCAUGUUUAGUCCACCUUAAAGAGUUUUCCCCCCCUUGGUCCGGACCUUUUGUGCAGGUGUGAAUAUACUCAAUCACCCUGGUCCAGACUGGCAACCAGUUUUUGAGGUAGUCUCGGUCCACCAAAAAAACCGGUGCGGUUCACUUCUGCUGUAAUUAUGAAACGGCCUCGAUGUGACAAAUAGAAAUCAUGUGCCUCUUUGAAAAUAACAGGUCACCAUAGCAGUGAACAUAGUAUCUGUUGCUUAGCAACACUGCUGCAAGCCAGCUGUGUACUUAAUUCGGCUUGCAGGACUUCCAGAAUAUUGUUCUGAACUGUGUCCUUUAGUUUUCUGAAAAGUUUUUUAAAUAAUAAUAGUUUGUUUCCAUUUCCGGCUCUGUACUAUGUCCCACCCUAGUUUCUGUCCAGUAGGAGCAACAAUCGCCACACAUGGCUUUAUUACAAGUUAUAACUCACUUGUAAAACGUACCAUGUGAAAGCAAACAGCAACAAAUGAAAAAAAUAAAAAGUCUGUUUUUGGUCCGGAUCAAACAAGCAGAUCAAAGAAUCAAAAGGUGUGAAUACACCCUAAGCUGUCUUACCUCCUUUUCUCAAUUUUGUACAACUGUGAAUUUCUCUCUGAUAAAGCUACAUUAUCAUAUAAAUUCCUGCACUAAACUAAAUUUGAUUACACUUUCUAUUUUAAAUGUAUAAACUCGGAUCACGCUGCCGUGAUUGAAUCACAUGACAUACCGCAAAAAAAGUGGAUCACUGGUGCGCUCAAUUAUAUUAAAAGGCAGCAAUUAUGCCCUUUGUAAAUUUUGCUGCAUUUCUCCUGUUUGUCUCCAUCCUAAUGACUCUUCUCUGAAAAAUACAUUAUUAGAAGACAUGUUCCAACGUAGAAGGAUUAAAAAGCACUGUGGUCUCAGUUGUUGUGUACACAGGAAAAACAGAAGCUGUCUCUAUGGGGAACCUCUGGCACAUGCCUAGUAGAAAUUAAUGCCCACAGCAUGUUGGAUGCCGACCAGUUUAAAAACCACAGAAGUGGUUUUAUCGCGCAAAGUCAUCUAAAGCAACAGUUAAACCUCGUAGUCUAUCCUUAAAAACACUUCAGUCUCCGCCAUUCUGGCUGUAUUUAGUGUUGGCGCCUUUUUAAGGGGAAUGUUGGUGCGCAUGUUGUUGAGUUUCAAAGAGCAUACCGCCCACUAGUGGCUUGGCGAGGAAAUAAAAAAAAUGUUUUUAGGGUUUCUACUUCUGUGCUGUGCAGU